AUGAAAUUAUCCCACAUCAUAACCCUACUAAUACCAGUGGUCAUCGCUUCAGUGGGUGAUAACCUUCCUGCAUUCAAGCAAUGUCUCCCUGAUUGCCAGGCAGCUUGUGUCGACCCUUCAUCCUCCAAAUAUGCUCAGGACUCGACUAAUUGGAUAUCAGCCGCUCUCUUCCAAUGGGAUUGUAGUCUGGACUGCAACUACAAAUGUCAACAAAUCAUCACGCGUCAAAGGGUAGCGGAGGGACUUCCCAUGGUGCAGUUCUAUGGAAAGUGGCCCUUCAAGCGCUUCUUGGGCAUCACCGAGUUCUUCUCCACGGUGUUUUCGCUAGCUAACUUCUAUGUCAACUACAAAAACUACCACAAGAUCAAAUCUCAGUAUAAACUCACGGCCUACAAAGACGAUGAUCGUUCAACCAUGUUGCGCCAGUACUUGGUACUUUUGUUUGUGUCCAUGUGUGGAUGGUUCUGUAGCACAAUCUUCCAUAUUCGGGAUAAGCCUAUGACCGAGACGCUUGACUACUUUGGGGCUGGUGCCAUUAUAGCCGCCAACUUCAACGCCAUCUUUGUGCGCAAGUUCGGCCUUUACUUAACCGAAAAGACGAGGUCCAGGCUCAUCUUCCAGACGCUUCUAUGUGGAGUAUUGCUUCUCCAUUACGCCAAGUUGUACUUUGAUUGGGAUUACGGGUACAACAUGCGUUUCAAUGUAGUUGUUGGCUUAGCUGCACUGGUGCUCUGGAUCUUGCACUCCAUGCUGGUUCACCGGCAGUAUCUCCGCAGACCUCAUUACUAUAACAAUUCGAUUCGCUUAUUACCAUUUGAGACACGAAUCCUCAGCAAACUCAAUUUAGUGGGGCUUUCUAAGACUAGAUACAUUCCGCUUAUUCCGGUGGUGUUGAAUUUUGCACUAAUGGCGGCUGCCUCACUUGAGAUGGUAGAUUUUGACCCAAUUGCUGGUUUGGUGGACGCCCAUCUGCUUUGGCACCUCUGCACAAUCUUUCCUCCUAUAGUAUGGUAUGAUUGGAAUCUUUGGGACUUGGAGAUGGCCAAUCUUCAAAUGAAGGCACGCAAGGGAUGA